CAGAGCCGUUUUUCAUCUCUCUCCGGAAUCAGAGAGAGCGUGAGAGAGAAAAGACAGGUGGACUUCCAUUGCUAUAUUUUUCCAUCUGUUUCUGACCCUGGCUCCUCAGCAUGCUGGGUCUGCUGUUAACCACCUGCCUGCUUCUGCAGAGUGCCAUGUCCAGACGAAGCAAUGAACCUAUUUAUCUGGUGACUGUGACCUCCCAAACAGUAGGGGGCAGCACUGAGACACUAUGUGCCCAAGUACAUCUUGUGAAGGAACCCCUGUCUUUUGUGGUUACUCUGGAAAUGGAAGGUUCCAGUGAAACCACUCUCUUGCAGGAAUCAGUCACAACAGAGUUCCAUCGCUGUGUGCAGUUCCAGGUUCCCCCUGUGGUCACUGACACUGUGGUAACCAUUCAUGCUUCUGUCCAGUGGGGGAGAAGGUGUCUGAGCAAGGAAACCAAAAUCCUGAUCAAACCAACAACUUACUUCACCAUUAUCCAAACAGACAAGCCUGUGUACAAACCAGGACAGACAGUCCAGUUCCGCGUCGUCUCUCUGGAUUCCAGUUUAGCGUCUUACAGCCAAGUGUACAGGACUGUGGAAUUGCAGGACGCUGAAAGGAACCGUAUCGCCCAGUGGUUGAACCAGUCGACCACCAGUGGCAUUCUGGACCUGUCCCACCCCACAACCACUGAAGCCAAGCAGGGUGUUUACACCAUCACCACCUGGACUGAGAAGGAUGAAAAAACCACCCACACCUUUGAGAUCAUAGAAUACGUCCUGCCCAAGUUUGAGGUGAACGUCCACCUCCCUGACAUCAUCACUGCUUUGGAUACAGAAGUGACAGUGAAGAUUUGUGGGAAGUACACCUAUGGGAAGCCUGUCCUAGGGACUGUGAAGAUAGUCGUGUGCUGCAGGCCCGAGUCUAACCCUCGGGUUCCAUAUAUGCUUCCUGUUGGCAUCUGCAGGUCUGAGCCUACCACUGCAAAGACUGACAAAACCGGAUGUGCCACACGAGUGAUCAGCAUCACUGACUUUCACUGGGCAAUCCAGGAAUAUAUUGGCAAAUUUAUUGUGGAGAGUGAGAUUGAGGAAGAUGGAACAGGUGUUGUGUUGCAGGGCAGUGGCAGUACGAAGUUUACUCCAAAUUAUGUUUUUCUUGAGUUUCAAGAUGCCCCUUCAACUUUCAAGCGAGGAAUAGACUAUGAGGGAAAGAUCCUUGCAAAAAGAGCAUUGUCCGUCCCUAUGCCCAACGUGUCCAUCUACCUUUACGCGUAUUAUGGAUCCAACUCUGAAUCCAAACCCUUGAUACUGACCACUGACAGCAAGGGUGUGGCCCACUUCUCACUGGACACCAGCUCCUGGGGGUUGGAGUCCGCCUUCCUCGAGGCACGGUCCUCACCAAAGGUGUCGGAGGUUUGGUAUGGUUUCUUUCAAGGAAAUACUGAGACUGUGCAUCAUACAGUUAAAGCAUUUUAUUCAAAAAGCAAGAGCUUUGUGAAGAUCAGGCAGGCAAAAGGGAAGCUCCCAUGUGAUGAGGAUGGUCGGCUCCUGGUGCAGUACAUCAUCCAAGAGCAGGAGCUUAGUGGACAGAAAAACCUGGACUUUUUCUUCCUGGUCCUGUCCAAAGGGAGCAUGGUCCAGCAUGGCCGUUCUACAGUGACAUUGAGUGACGGAGAAGUGAAGAAAGGGGAGCUGUCCUUAACACUGCAGCAGAUGGCAGAGCUGGUCCCUUAUGCCCAGGUGGUGGUGUACACGGUGUUGCCUGUGGGUGAGAUUGUGGCAGACAGCUCUGACUUCCCCAUCCAGUUGUGCUUCAGGAACAAGGUGUCUCUCCAGUUUUCCUCCCCCCAGCAGCUCCCUGGGGAGAAGACGUCUCUGGAGCUGCAGGCCCAGCCGGGGUCUCUGUGCUCCCUGAGGGCCAUCGACCAGAGCGUCCUCCUGAAGAAGCCAGAGGAGGAGCUCAGCGCAAAGGCGGUAUAUGAUAGACUACCUUUCCAGAGGCUGAAUGACUACCCACAACAGGUUCAUGAUUGGGAGGCCCCUCCCUGCCUUUCCAGACCAGAGAGAACCUGGAACCGGAGGAAACGCAGCAUACACUUUAAUCCCUCAGAUGUAAAAGAUGACACUUACAGGAUCUUUAAGGGAGCUGGCAUUAAGGCCUUGACCAACUUAGAAAUGAAAACACCUGUCCCUUGUCAUGACCGAAUGCCACUGGUUGGAGUUGGAUUUUCAAACAGAUUAGGGGGAGGAGGAGUAGGAUUAGGGGGAGUUCCAGGACCACCAGGCAUACCAGUAGUAGCUGCAGCGGUUCCCAACAUGCUAUCACCAGCUGUGCCUUCAGUGACCUCCGUGGAGCCACCCAGAGAAACCAUUCGAACCUUCUUCCCCGAGACGUGGAUCUGGGAGCUGGUACCAGUGGGAGAUUCGGGCUCAGUGAGGGUGGAGCAGACUGUCCCAGACACCAUCACUAAAUGGGUGGCAAACGCAUUCUGCACCUCCUCAGCUGGAUUCGGCCUGGCCGCCAACACGGGCCUCACGGCCUUCCAGCCUUUCUUCCUGAGCCUGACACUGCCGUACUCCAUCAUCCGUGGGGAGGUGUUCACACUGAAGGCCACGGUCUUCAACUACCUCUCCAAAUGCAUCAUGGUGCAGGUCAGUCUGGCGGAAUCGGCGCAGUUCACAGGUCAGCCGUGUGAUGGCUGCCAGUACAGGCGGUGUCUCUGUGGAGAGGAGAGUGACACAUUCAGCUGGGUCCUCACCCCAACCGCUCUGGGUGAGGUGAGCAUUAAAGCCAGUGCAGAGGCCCUGAGUACCGAGGACCUGUGUGGCAAUGAGGUGGUCACUGUGCCUGAGAGGGGACAAAUCGACACUGUGGUCCGAAAGCUGCUGGUGGAGCCUGAGGGCACAGAGCAGACCAUCAGCCACAAUGCCCUGCUGUGCCCUAAAGAGGGCGCUGUGGAGAAGGUCAUUUCUCUUGAGCUGCCAGAAGUCUUUGUGGAGGGCUCUGCCAAGGCCUUUCUCUCAGUACUGGGAGACCUGAUGGGGCGCGCUAUGAGGAACCUGGAUGGCUUGUUGGCCAUGCCGUACGGCUGUGGAGAGCAGAACAUGCUGCGCUUCGCCCCCAACAUCUUCAUCCUCAGAUACCUGGAGAGCACCGGACAACUGACACCGGAGAUCAGGGCCAAAGCCGUCACCUUCCUGGAGAGUGGUUAUCAGCGGGAGCUGAACUACAAGCACAGAGACGGCUCCUACAGUGCCUUUGGACAGAGUGACCCCUCAGGAAACACCUGGCUCACCGCGUUUGUGAUGAAGUCUUUUGGAGGCGCAAGGCCGUACAUCUUUAUUGACCCUGAACAUAUCGCCAGCGCCAAGACAUGGCUCAGCCUUCAGCAGCAGGAGGAUGGCUGCAUCAGGUCUGUGGGGAAACUCUUCCACAAUGAGAUGAAGGGCGGAGUCAGUGAUGAGGUGAUGUUGACCGCCUAUGUCACAGCGGCUCUCCUUGAGCUGGACAGGAAUGUCACAGACCCCAUGGUGCGGAGGAGCCUGUCGUGUCUGAAACUGGCCUCAGAUCAGCUCAACAGCAUCUACGCCACUGCCCUGUUCUCCUACACCUUCUCCCUGGCCGGAGACCAUGAUAUGAAGAUGCGUCUGAUUGGCCAGCUGGACAGAGUGGCCAAGACCACAGGAGAUGGGCGACACUGGGAACACGCUGAGGCUUCUGGGAUAGACUCACUGUCGGUGGAGAUGACCUCCUAUGUUCUUCUGGCCCUCCUCACUGGGCCUCCCCUUACUGGCUUUGACCUCAGCUACUCCUCCACCAUCGUCCGCUGGCUGGCCCAGCAGCAGAACCCCUACGGUGGCUUCUCCUCCACACAGGACACAGUGGUGGCUCUGCAGGCUCUGACGCUGUACGGUGCUGCCACCUUCAGUCCGGGAGGUGCCAGCACAGUGACAGUGGCCUCUACAGGCAGCUAUAAGCAGCAGUUCAGUGUGGAUCAGCACAACAGGCUGCUGUACCAGGAAGAGCAGCUGCAGGAGGUGCCUGGAGUCUACAGCAUCAAGGCAGAGGGCGAGUCCUGUGUGUUUGUGCAGAUCGCUCUGAGCUACAACAUCCCCCCUCCUCCAGACUCCUCCUCCUUCACCAUCACGGCCACAGCAGCAGGGAACUGCAGCAGCACACGGAGGCCGUCCCUGGUGGUGACUGUGGCUGUCAGGUACAACGGCAGGCGGGAAGAGACCAACAUGGUGAUCAUCAGCGUACGCCUCCUGUCUGGAUUUCUCCUGGAUAAGAGCUCUCUCACCCCCCUGCAAGCUGAUCCCGCUGUCAAACGUGUUGAAGAGGAAGAAGGUCAUGUGAUCAUCUAUCUGGAUGAGCUGAAGAGGAUGGAGCCCAAAAUGUAUAAUCUGAUUAUAGUGGAGGAUGUACCAGUGAGGAACUUGAAGCCCGCUGUGGUGAAGGUUUAUGACUACUACAAGAAAAGUGACGAGGCGGUGAGUGAGUACAGCUCCCCCUGUGCCCAGGCUGAUGAGUUUAACCAGCUGUGAAAGGGGUUGGUGGGACCAGCUACAUCACUCUCCCCUCUAUGUGCACUGGUCCAUGGGAAUGGAUUCAACAGGCUCUAAUGAAUAUGUUCCUGAUUGUUCCU